AUGACUACAAGCAAACUUUAUAUAGGACAUCUUUCCUCAAGAACAGAAAAAAGAGAUCUAGAGGAGUUGUUUGAAAGAUAUGGAAAAGUUAUCAGUGUAAAUGUUAAACCUACGGGAUAUGCUUUUGUUGAAUUUGAGGAUCCACGCGAUGCUGAUGAUGCAGUAAAACAAUUAAAUGGUUAUGAAUUGGAUGGCGCAAGGAUUAUUGUAGAAUGGUCACGUAGGUCUGGUGGUCCUGGGAGUGGUUGUUUUUUGUGUGGUGGACAAGGUCAUUGGGCCAGAGAGUGUUCUGAUGCUAGAGAAAAGGGUAUGGAUGUUAGAAGUGGAAAAUGUUUUCGAUGUGGUGAAACAGGUCAUCUAGCAAAAUAUUGCAGUCGUUAUUCUAGAUCACCACCACCUUAUGAAGGUUCUGAUAAUAAUAAUAAUGCUGGUUACAACAGAUCAUCAAGAAAUCGAUCACGAAGUUCAUAUAGACGCAGUUCAAGCCCUUAUGAUUAUGAUUAUAGAAGGAGUCCAAGUCCAUAUGGAUCAACUUUUUACACAUCCACCCUCGUUCCUUCUUCUUCUGGUACCAUUUCACCGCCUCCGCUUCCUCCUUCUAAUAAAAACAUAAAGAUUAUAUAUAAUGGACCGUUUUCUCAAGCAAUUAAACGAUUAAAAGUUUUCUCGAUUUCAUCUUUAGUUGCAACCUUUUCAAUUACGCCUUUAAUUUUUCUAGUAGAUUCGUCAAUUGAUCUAGUUCCUAGAAUUGCGUUGGCGACAAUAACAACGACGACAAGUUUGACUUCAACUCUACUUAUCAAUUGGUGUACUUCAACUUAUGUUAAGGAAAUAUUCUAUACUCCAUUAUCUUCACCUUCGUCUUUCGAAUCAUCGCCUUCUUCUCCCACAUCUACGCCAUCAAUUAAUAAUAAUAAUAAUGAAGAAAUCAAAGAUUCAAUUCUACUUCAACCAAAUACUCCAAUAACUUUCGUAACUUAUAACAUAUUCGGUAAUCUACGCUAUACAAAAGUUCCAAUUGAAUUAUUGGAACCUUCUUUAACAAGGUUAUUUUCAACUUGGAAAAUCAAAGAUGAUAUACCAUCGAUAUCAUCACCAAUAUCAAUAAACUCUAAAGGAAAACAAGUUAAACUUGUAAAAUAUUUUUAUUUACAUUUAAAUUUGUCGUUAAAUGAAGAAAUGAGAAAAAUAGUUGAAAAAGUCGGAUAUGUUAAUUAA